UCUGCGUCAACAAAGUGUGUGUGUGUGUGUGUGUGCGUGUGCGUGUGUGUGUGUGCGUGUCUCUGCAUCUGUCUGCACGGUACCGGGACGCAGCACCCACCGACCCGGCUGCAGCCCGUCUCAAAGCUCCGGUUGAGGACAGUCGUUACCUGUCUCUGUGUUUUGCUGAGUCACUCGUUCACCUGCACUCCUUCCUGUUUGUCUGAUGACUGUCUGACGGACUGAGAGCCUCCAUCGAUCCUCCAGCGUCUCCAUCCACAGCUGCACUAUGAGUGUAUGAUGUCUGAGAGCAGCUGCUAUGGCCUGCAGCAGCGGUCAGACCAAUGCAGAAAAUCUGGAGGGGUUCCAUGAGGUGAACUUGGCCUCACCCACCACACCUGACCUUCAGAACCAAGCAGAGCCGCCCCCCACCCGUCACAGCGCCCCGCCCGCCUCCCUGUACCGCACCCACUCUCUGGGAGCGCCCCCUGGCCGCCCCACCUCCCUGCGGGCCGACCAGCUCCCCACGCAGCCGGUUUACUCCACACCACGGCAAAGCCACAAUGGAAGUGUGCCAGGCCAGGAGGCGGAGUCCUUCGACGGCAACUUCCUGUCCGGAGAGGAUGGGGAGGAGUGCAGCGCGUUGAGUGAAAGCCUGUCGAGGCUCCGCAGCCCGUCAGUGAUGGAGGUCAGAGAGAAAGGUUACGAGAGGCUGAAGGAGGAGCUGGCCAAGGCCCAGAGGGAGCUGCUGUUGAAGGAUGAGGAGUGUGAGAGGUUGUCUAAAGUCAGAGAUCAGCUCGGCCAGGAGCUGGAGGAGCUCACCGCCAGUCUCUUCCAGGAGGCCCACAAAAUGGUCAGAGAAGCAAACGUCAAACAGGCAAAUGCUGAAAAACAACUGAAGGAAGCUCUGGGAAAGAUUGACGUCCUCCAGGCGGAGGUCCAGGCCCUGAAGACUCUGGUGCUCUCCUCCCCAACCUCCCCGCUGGGUGAACUCCCCUCUGCAGGAGGAGGAGGGGUGAAGACUCCCUUCAGGAAGGGCCACAGCCGGAACAAGAGCACCUCCUCCGCCAUGAUGGGGACGCAGCCCGACCCGUCGGCCACGCAGCCCAUCGUACGGGAGUGUAGAGAGGUGGACAGUCAGCUGUUCAGCGACUUCAAGGCGUGGAAGGAGGAGCCGACGCUGGACCGGAGCUGCUGCUUCCUGGAGAGAGUUUACCGUGAGGACAUCUACCCCUGCCUCACCUUCAGCAAGUGUGAGCUCGGAUCGGCCAUCUUGGAAGCGGUGGAGCAGAACACGCUCAGUGUGGAGCCGGUCGGUUUCCAGCCGCUGCCCGUGGUCAAAGCCUCGGCGGUGGAGUGUGGAGGACCAAAAAAAUGUGCCCUGAGCGGUCAGACCAAAACCUGUAAGCACAGAAUCAAGUUUGGAGACUCGUCCAACUAUUACUACGUGUCUCCGUACUGUAGAUAUAAAAUCACAGCAGUGUGCAAUUUCUUCACCUACAUUCGCUACAUCUACCAAGGGCUGGUCAAACAGCAGGAUGCGGAGCAGAUGUUCUGGGAGGUGAUGCAGCUCCGCAGAGAAAUGUCCUUCGCCAAGCUCGGCUACUACAAAGACCAGCUGUGACCGAUGGACAGCCCCGCCCUCCAAUGACAGCAGACCACGCCCCCCAGAAGCCCCGCCCUCACCCUGGGUCCUGAU